CGGCGCGCUCUGGCGGUUGCCGGGACACAGCGUAAACACUGUGCCGAGGCUGCCGCUGCUCGGGAAGACGCGUUUGCAGUUGAGGCAGGAGACACCCUUCUGGAGUUCAAGUCAGCUAACGAUGGACCGCAAAAAUAGAACUCUGAGCUUUAGUGAGCGGCACCAGAAAUUAGUGGAUGAAAACUUCCGCAAAUCGUUGCAUAUGCAAAUCUUGGAUAAGUUAGAGAGGCAAGCCAGGAACCAGGUCGUGCAAAAUGAAAACGACGAGCGGGUCGGACGGAAGAGACUCCUCAGGGUGCUGCAGAAUGAGCAGUUUGAGCUGGACAUGGAAGAAGCCAUCCAAAAAGCAGAAGAGAACAAGAUGUUGAAGGAGCAGCAGCUUGAACAGGAAGAGAGACUUGCAAAUGAGCUGGCCAGACUGAAGCAUGAAAGCCUGAAGGACGAGAAGAUGAGACAGCAAGUGAGAGAGAACAGUUUGGAACUCAGAGAAUUGGAGCAGAAAUUGAAAGCCGCUUACAUGAAUAAAGAGAGAGCUGCCCAGAUUGCCGAGAGAGACGCCAUCAAAUACGAGCAAAUGAAACGUGAUGCUGAGAUAGCCAGGACCAUGAUGGAGGAGCACGAGAGACUCCUGAAGGAAGAGAGCGCCAAGCAAGAGCUGCGGGACAAGGAGAAGGCCCAGUACAACCUGGACCUCGAGAAGCAGCUUGAAGACCAGGAGAGGAGGAAGCAGGAGGCGUAUGAGCAGCUGCUCAAAGAGAAACUCAUGAUUGACGAAAUUGUCAGGAAGAUCUACGAGGAAGACCAGGUGGAAAGACAGCAAAAGUUAGAAAAAAGGAAUGCAAUUCAGAAGUAUAAUGAAGAGUUCCAGAGGGAGCAAGCCCUCUGGAGACAAAGGAAGCGUGAGGAGAUGGAGGAAGAAAACAGGAAAAUCUUAGAGUUUGCCAACAUUCAGCAGCAGAGAGAGGGCGAGCGGCUGGCCAGAGUUCAGCAGAGUGAGGAGAAGAGGGCCCAGCGUCAGACUUUGCUGAUGCAAAGGUUGGAGGAAAUGCUGCGGCAGCGUGAGGACCUGGAGCAGGUUCGGCAGGAGCUGUACCAGGAGGAACAAGCCGAGAUCCUGAAACUGAAAGUAAAAGAGGAAGCGGAGCAGAAGCUGCGGAAGCAGAGGGAGAUGAAGCAAGACUUUGAGGACCAAAUGGCACUGAAGGAAAUAAUACUCCAGGCUGCCAAAGAGGAGGAAGAGACCUUUAGAAAGGCCAUGCUGGCUAAGUUUGCUGAGGAUGACCGCAUAGAGCUCAUGAAUGCCCAGAAACAACGGAUGAAGCAGCUGGAGCACAGACGGGCGGUGGAGAAACUCAUUGAAGAACGGCGCAGCCAGUUCCUUGCAGACAAACAACGCGAGCUGGAGGAAUUGCAGCUCCAGCAGAGACGGCAGGGCUGCAUCAAUCAGAUCAUUGAAGAAGAAAGGCUGAGACUCCUCAAAGAGCAUGCUACGAAACUGCUAGGCUACCUCCCCAAAGGAGUGUUUAAAAGAGAGGACGAUGUCGACAUGCUUGGUGAAGAGUUUAGGAAAGCGUAUCAGAAGAGGAAUGAAGUUGGAGAGAAGUGAUGAUUGAUCAGCAGGAGCUGAUGGGACCUGGAUUUUUCAGAGGCUACCACUAGAUGUCAGUGUAACUGCUGUUUAUAAUUGGUGACAGGUCCCGGUGUCUGUCUGCAUGUUCUACCUCCUGUUUCACCAUUUAUACACAGUUAGACAACAAUUAAACACAUCAGUACUCUAA